CAUAGCGCCGUCCCUUUCCCACUAACGCACAUAGACGGAGAAGAACUCUCCGUCGUGCUUUUUCAUACGCAGUCAUUGGAACAUCCGUUCAAUGGCUGGUGCACAAGAAAAAUGGUAUUUUUCAAAAGAACAACUACAGAAUUCUGCAAGCAGAAAAUGCGGCUUAGAUGCAGAUAAGGAGCUUGCAUAUCGGCAGCAGGCUGCAAAUCUAAUCCAGGAUAUGGGCCAGAGGCUACAAGUAUCUCAAUUAUGCAUAAAUACAGCUAUAGUGUAUAUGCAUCGCUUCUAUGCAUUUCAUUCCUUCACACAGUUUCACAGGAAUGCCAUAGCUGCUGCUGCACUAUUCCUGGCAGCAAAGGUGGAGGAGCAGCCAAGGAAGCUUGAAUAUGUAAUAAAAGUAGCACAUGUCUGCCUUCACAGGGGUGAGGGUGUGAAUACCCUCACCAGCUCGGAGCAGUACCAGGAACAGGCCCAAGACUUAGUGUUUAACGAGAAUGUCCUAUUACAAACACUGGGUUUCGAUGUGGCAAUCGACCACCCACACACGCACGUCGUACGGACAUGUCACCUUGUCAAAGCACCGAAGGAUUUGGCCCAAACAUCAUAUUUCAUGGCAUCAAACAGUCUCCACCUGACCACAAUGUGUCUGCAGUACAAGCCCACGGUGGUCGCGUGCUUUUGUAUACAUUUGGCCUCCAAGUGGAGCAAUUGGCAGAUCCCGCAGUCACAUGAGGGCAGGCAUUGGUUCUCCUAUGUGGAUAAAACGGUAACUGGUGAUCUUCUAGAGCGGCUCACGUCUGAAUUCCUUCACAUAUUCGACAAGUGUCCCUCUAGACUGAAAAAGAAGAUGAUGACCAUGUCCAAUGCCAGCGGAACUUCACCGAACCCACCUCACCCCAACGCGGCAUCUCCGUUCGAUAGGAAAAAGGAACACGUGCUCACUAAUACGACGAGCGAUGAGAUCGACAAAUGCUUUGAUAAAGAGUAUGAACGCGAAAGGCGCCGCCAACAAAUCCCCGGAGGCUACGUGCCGGCGACACCACAGCCGCAACCACAGAAGAUAGAUUUCAAUUUGUACAGAGAGAAAAAAGAGAGGGAAGAGAGAGAGAGACGCCAACAGGCCAUACGAGCUGGCCCGAGGCCGACCAACCAGCCCCCACAGACUCACAGACCCCCUAGCAAACCUCACAUUUGGGCUCACAAGCCACCACACCACAAACCUCCCCAUGACAAACCUCCCCACGACAAACCUCCGCACGACAGGCAUCGACCCCUCAAUCCACAGAUGAAUCCACCGAAUCCCCCCAAUCCGCUGCCUAAUCCUCAAAUACCCAAUCCUCCACAACCCGAAAUUCUACAGAGAAUGCGCCCCCCAUCGCUGUUCUCCCCGGAGAAUAUCACCCCACCGGCCACGGCCGCACAGCCCAAACGACCACCCUUAUUGUUCCCGAAACCCAAUCGUCCCCCCGAGAAACCUCCGAGCCCAAAAAAGCGCCCGGACAUGGCGUCCGCCAUCCGGGAGAUGCAGCCACCCGCCAUCCUCUCCCCCAUAUCCCCGAAGAAAACUGAGCCAGAACUAGUACCUGUAGUUAAGAAAUUAGAUGAAAGGAAAAAACCGGAAAAGGAGAAACAGGAAGUCCGGAACGGCAUCGAGACCGACCCGACGCUGGUCUCCAACCUCCUGAAGGAGAGCCUCGCCAAGCCGGUGCCGAUCACCGUCCCGACUGAGACGCCCGAGAAGGAGAAACACAAGAAGGAGAAGAAGAAGAAGGAGAAACACAAAAGCGGCAAGAAGCACAAGAAAGAGCGGAAAAAGAGCCCGCAGAAAAGCCCCGAGGACGCGUUGAGGAUAACCAUUCCGCGGUCCUCGUCCCCCGGGCUCAAGAUCAAGAUUCCCAAGGAGAGGAUAACCAUCCCCCCGCCGGGGUUGAAGAUCAAAAUCUCCAAGGACGUCCUGGAGAACUCUAGGAAGAGACCGAAUAUGGAGGGAGGGCCGCCGCCGAAGAUACCCAAGGAGUUUAAGGUAGGCAAUUAUUUUCAGCCCCUGCCCUACUACAUGGUUCAGCCGCCGCCUUUCUACUACGGCAUGGAGUUCUUCUAUAAUCCCAUGUAUCAAAAUCCACCGCUACCUGCGAUGCCGCCGCCGCCCGUGCCGCCGCCGCCGCCGGAGCCCUGAAGCUAAUUUGAGUAACGUUUUGGUAUUUAUAGAGAAACAAAUAUAUAUAUAUUUGAAUAUAGGAUAAAAGGAAAUUAAAGUACGGUCAGACAAAAAAAAAUAUAUUAAAAAUAUUUUACGACUAAUAUAUUAGUACAGUGUGCGGGUGAAGAAAUAUAUUAUAUUAAGAUUAAGAAAUAACAUUUGAGAAAUGUAGACAGAAAAAUAAAUUUCUCAAGUUAUGAAAAAAAGUUUAUGCAUAGAUAUAUUUUUAUAAUUGUUACUCAAAUUGGUUUAAUUUUACCACGUUUAACGUGAAAAACCGACAAAUUAGUUAUUUUUAGAGGUAUUUAUUUUGUACGUUAUAUAUUUUUUAUGAAAAAAAAACUGCUUUCAAAAAAAUCUCUAUUUCUAGAUAACUUUUGGUUUAUUUUUUAUAUAUUUAUAUACUAUAAAUAAUACUUUUUGAGAGCGGUAGAUAGUAUUUAUAAAUGUUGCUUGUUGUCUUAAUAUUAAAACAGAGUCGUCCAUUAAAAUUGCUGCGCGUGCGUCUCUCACCCCUAAGCUCCCUUUUAUAAACUUUUAUCCAUAGAACCUACUUGUCUAUAAAGACCAAAAGUUUGCUCCGUUUUGUUGCUGCGGUUACCAAAUACCAAAAGUUGGCCUUUGUUGCCAUGGUUACCAAUUCCAAGACCGAAAGUUUGCCGUGUUGCCAUGGUUACCAUUUUAGGCCUUGUCCUAUAAAUAAUAUCUAAUGGGCGGCUCUAAGUACAUAGUAAAUGAACAUUCCUUGAAAAUCGUUUUAAUAUUCGUUAUAUUAUAUAUGUUUAUUGUAAAUAGAUUUUAGGUCCUUACUAAUAAUUAUUUUGCAACGUCAUCUAGCAUUUUUAAAAUUAUAUACAGACUUGUGAUUUUUCGUCUGUACUAAUAUAAAGUAUAGUUUGUAUGUUGUAGGUAAUCUCUGGAUUUACUGAACCGAUUUUGAACUCUAGACACGUUUGAGUCUCAUAUAUAUAACUAACAAACAUUUUAGACAAAAAUUAAAAAUGAUAUUUUUAGACUUAUUUGUACCUGAUAAUUGAGGGCUGGAAAUAGCAAAGGGGCUAAGUGAUUGGGACAUAAAACAAAGUAAAUUACAAAAAACUGUUUAUUCAGAAAAAAAUACUCCAAAGCUAUAAAGUAUUGUCUUAAAUUCUAUUCAGUGUUCAUAUUUCUAUAUUUAUAUCUUAACAAAAACAGUAUGUCACUUAUAAUAUUCUAUUUAUAGCACUUUAAACACAAAAUAAUAAGAAAAGUGUUAAAAGAGUUAGCCUAUUUCAAUAGAAAGGUGCUAACUGUCAUAAUACUUAAGCUUGCAAUGGUGUUAUUUGUAUGAAUGUAUUUAUCUGUAUCUAUAGUUAUAUUUACUUACACAAAUUCUUAUAGUACUCUUUGUGUUCUUCCUUUUCUAAAUAGUCUAUCAUAGCUAAUAAGUCAGCCUUUUCUCUUUUCUCUCUUUUUGUGUAAUAUUUACCCUAUUAGAAACUUCCAAGUUUAAAUUUAACAAAUCAUUUACUCCCUUUCCUAUUUUCCAUAUUUUAACAGCAUUAAAAUCUUCUAUUUCUGAAAAGGUCUCUUUCAUAUACACCAUACCAGGAUGUUUAUAAUCAAUUUUUAACCAUACAGCUUUGGAAAUGUUUAAUUUUUUUUGUAUUGAUUAUGUUGUCAGCAGCAUUUUCAAUAUCAAAAAAAUGUAACUGUUCCUUUGGAACAACCUUGAAAUAUGGUGGAUUUGUUGUAGCUGUUGACACCAUAUUUUGUAAAUCUUCUGGCACAUAUGACUUACACCGUUUCUUACGUUUUUCUAUAACCCCAAAGUCCCUAUCACAAGGCAAAAAUAAGUGACCAGAUACCAAAAACUUAAGAUUAAUUUCUUUAUAAUGACCCAAAGCAACAAGCAGUAUCAAAAUAAACAGUUCAUCCUGUUUUUAUUUUGCCCGGCACAGUUGUCACUCCAAGUUUUCAGUAUUUCUUUUGGUGACAAUUCAACACUAUUAAUAAACUUCAGAAUGCAUGAAGCAAUUUCAUUUCCUCCUCUUCCUCCCAUAAUCUCAUUCCACAUGAACAUAAACGAUUGAGCAUUAUCAUUCAGGAGUACACAAAAAUUAUAACAAGACAGUUGCCUUCUGUAAAACAUUUCACUGUGUACUAGAGAGGGUACAAACAUGACUUGUUGUCACUAGUCAUUGCAAUUGUAGCAGCUUCAGCCUUUCUAUGAUGGAUUUGAAGCUCCAGAAUAGCUUGUCUGUUUUGCUUUGCAAGGCAAGGCAGGUAGUUCAAUUUAUCACAUAUUUUACAAGUAUCAGUUCGAGGUUGUUUGAAGGAAAGAUUUGGGAACCGUUUAAGAAAGACAGAUUUGUAAUACUUAUAAGAUACCGGCACAUCUGUGUGAAGCUCAUUAGCAUACAUGAUAUGCUUUACAUAGCCUGUGGAAAUUUAAUUCAGGACUUAAAACCUCUUUCGUGUAGUGGCUUACCUCCUUCGGCAACCUCAAUGUGCAUAACCACCAUGUUUUCAUGCAAUUCAGUGUAUUUUUUUCCCUUAUGACUAGUUCUUUCAUCUUUGUAAAUGACAAAUCCUCUCUUUUUUUUUAGAUAUAAUGGUUGCUAGUUUUUUUCGACCAAGUGCAAAUAUUUCCAUGAAAGUUUUCUUGCAUGUUCUCACCAAUGAUCCUAAGCCAUCAGGAAUAUUAUAAUAGAUCGUGUCUCUUACCUCAACGCCAUUAUUUUUGUGGUUUUUAGCUGGUCUUAAUAAUGACAAUAUGUAUGUACCUUGACCACUAUCGUCAAGUUGAUAAUAUUUGUUGAAAAGAUCAAGUUUAAACUCUAACGAUAUCUUUUUGCAGUCAUAAAAACAAUUGAAUGUCACCUGUACUGAAAAAAACGAGAAUUAUAUUGGUAUAUCGUGUCUAAAUAUGAUUUUACUAAUGUGCAAAACAUCAUUUACAUACCUCAGAUGAUGGAGGUAAUUUUGGUGCGAUAAUGUCAUUUUUACACGUCAAGUAGCUUUCACCCCCGAUUUUCUUUUUUUUUGCUCUGUUUUAUGUGUUCCUUCACCAUUUCUACGCCUUUUUCGAUGAUUUUCAUCCAUUGUGGUGUUUUUCCACGCAAGAAAUACGAAACAUAUGACCACAGAUAGCACAGUAAAAAAAUAUUAACAUUUGACAGAUGACACCAUUGUAAGAAAAACUUCUUCGUUCAUUGACACCAAUGCCAUCUUUAAGGUUAGGAACUAAUACACGAAAGUAAUGGUUUAGCACCUUUGUAAUGUUAUUGGCGUAUACAUUAAGCACCUUUCUAACUAAAAAAACACAAAAUUAAAUUUUGAAUAGUUAACACCUUUGUAAUUUUCAGCCCUCAAUUAUUAGAAAGGAAUGAUUUAAUAUCGCAUUGCUCAACAGAACAGGGUUUAUAAGUAGUCUAUGAAUUGUUUUACUAUUUAACUGAGGUUUAGGGGACUCUGAAGCGUUUUAUGUUUUACACACUUGACUGUCAUGGAAUCUGUCAUACAUUAUUACGAAAUAGUUAUAUAUUAUAUAUAUAUAUAUUUGAUACAUUUUAUGUGUAGUGUCUAUUAACGUUAUCUAUGGUUGCUCUAAGUUGGUCGAAGGAUAUGUUAUAUCGCUUGACAGAUUGUCGUUUAAUACUGACAUUUAAUGUAUGAUAGAUUUUAAAUCAAUUUAGGAGAGUGACUAGCACCAAACCUUUCAAAAUUCAAAUAAACACUCGUCUAGCCAAGAUGGCAUCGCUAUGACGUACAAAGCUUGUAAGUGUCAUUCUUAGUUGCAGAUAUAUUUCGAUUUAGUCUGCAACUGCAAGAAUGUGUUUAGAUAAGACAUUAUUUACAAGCAUGUUACGUCAUCGUUAUCUGUGGUUGUUUUGUGUCCGUGACAUUAACUUUAAUAACACUUUAUUUUUCAUAUUAGAUAGUUAUCUUUUUUUAAUCUGUUGUUAUGAGAUUUAUUUAUUACGCAUUAACUGUCAAUAUAGACAUCUGUCAGUGUCAAAUGUCUAUCGAUAACCUCUAGCAUGACACUUAGUGUGCGUUGAGUGCCAUUGUUUUGUUACCAUUACGAAUAAACGAAUUAAAUUGUUAUACAAUUUCAACGAAGGUAGAUUGAAAUUUCUGCUAUGAGAGUUUUUAUGAAUCAAAGUGCUUAGCUAUAAGUUAUAUAAAAGAGGACCAUUCGGUUUCAAUGAAUAACUCGUAUUACUCCCACUACAAUUGGAGAUUUUAAAAAAAGAGGGUAUAUUUUUUGUUGCUAAAAUGAGGGUAGAUUUUUUUAGUUGUCAUGUUGAUAGUGAGAUUCUAAUUAGCCCAAACUAUGACUGCAUUUUUGUACGCCAGUUACGUUUUUUGUGUGGUUAUCUAAAUUGAGAUUUUUUUAAGGCUACCCUCAUUUUUAUCGAUCUUAAACGAUCAUUAUCGUUUGGCGUUUCGUUUCGUAUAUCGUCUUACAGGAAAAAUGUCCUUAACGAUUGGUCCUCAGUUGUAAUUGUUUCGAGGUGUGGCCUUUUCAAAGUGUCUUUGAAAAGGCCCAAGUACUUAAUUUGUUAUGAAGAGAUUACUUGUACAUAUUUUUUUUAUUAAAAUUGUAUUUUUAGAAAGUU